AUGCAUUUUAUGCUACCUAGAGCUCUGAUUGUUACAACCGACAACCAACCAUCAAGUCAUUUUAAUACUCAAGACAACAACGCAAAGCGACACAUCUCGUUUCAAAAACGCAGCUUAGACGAAAGAUCCUCCUCAUCAAGCGAUACUGAGCAUAUUGAACCGUACGCAGAGGUAAGAGUGGACCAUGGAUCCUCAAUGGAGGACUCCGACAGCUCUUCUUUAUCCUCCGAGAACGAUGUUUCGAUCACUCCAUACAAUCCUGCGAGAGUUGACCCUAGAUCCCUUGAAGAAGAUGUUGAAAGUGAAUCUUCGACGUCAACGGUCUCAUCAAUGUCAUCCAUACAUACGCCUAGUAUUGUUCCUCAUGAUCCGCAAGUGAGGGAUCGAAGCCAACCAGAACCGCAGCCUAGAGCUCCGAUUGUUACAACCGACAACCAACCAUCAAGUCAUUUUAAUACUCAAGACAACAGCGCAAAGCGACACAUCUCGUUUCAAAAACGCAGCUUAGACGAAAGAUCCUCCUCAUCAAGCGAUACUGAGCAUAUUGAACCGUACGCAGAGGUAAGAGUGGACCAUGGGUCCUCAAUGGAGGACUCCGACAGCUCUUCUUUAUCCUCCGGGAACGAUGUUUCGAUCACUCCAUACAAUCCUGCGAGAGUUGACCCUAGAUCCCUCGAAGAAGAUGUUGAAAGUGAAUCUUCGACGUCAACAGUCUCAUCAAUGUCAUCCAUACAUACGCCUAGUAUUGUUCCUCAUGAUCCGCAAGUGAGGGAUCGAAGCCAACCAGAACCGCAGGUGACUUAUUUUAACAGAUUCCUAUUAAUGUCGUGA